AUGUCUGCUUUCCGAUCAAGAAAGCCCUACGCUCGCCCUGCCACAAGGGCUCUAGGUGCAGAUGGCCAGUGGCUCCACGACAAGGCCCCGACCGGUCCAGCAAAAGCUCGGAUACCCAAUCGUGUCUCAGUAGCUCCAACUCUACCUGCUGCUGCAGUCAACAACGCAUUGCUCGUGUCGAAUUUGCAUUAUGAAGUAACCCCAAAGGACCUCAUUGCAAUUUUUGGGCAAAUAGGCACGCUCAUUCGUGAGCCUCUACUCAGGUACGACCGCAGCGGACGCUCUUCUGGAGAGGCCGUCCUCUCUUUCGAAAGCGCCACGGAGGCGACGCGGGCAAAGAAGCAAUUUCAGGGAAUUCUUGCCAAGGGUCAACCGAUGUCGAUUUCCUACUACGCUGGGCCACCACGGGCUCCUCGGAGUCGAGCUGUCAGCGCUCCGGGACCGACAACUCAGUCACUUCUGAAUAGGAUCGAAAAACCUCCGCUGGCCGACCGCAUCAGUCAAGACGACUCCGCUGUAAAAACGCCUUCUGGCCCACGGGCCCUCACAGGCCCUGUACGCAACAAGCCAACUCGAGGUGCGAAACGCGCCCCUCGCGCCGCCAAGGCUCCAACGAAGCCCAAAACAGCGGACGAGCUCGACAAAGAGCUCGAUGCUUUCAUGGGUGAUGCAGACGAAACCCCCGCUGCUACCACCGAGGCCCCAACUGACGUGGAUAUGGUUUAA